CAGCUUGACCCUCUCCCGCCGUCACAGCCCCAGUGGGACUGGGAGCACCUGCCUUCUUCUCCAGUGCCCAUGGACAUGGAGCUGUCUUCUCCACCACAGUCGCCCGCACCUGCUGACCAGGCCUAUCCCACCCCUUCGCAGGCCUAUAUCCCUCCAGCCCACUCUGAACCCUAUAUCCCUCUGGCCCAGCCACCACCUUCCCAGUCCUCUCCGUCCCAGUCUUAUUUGUCCCAUUCUCAGCUUUCUCAGCCACCCCCGCCAUCCUUUUUGGAGCCCCCUCCAUCAGUCCCUCCGGUCUAUUUCCCCCCUUCCCAAUCCUAUCUGACACAUUCUCAGUCUUACUUGUCUCCUUCCCAAUCGUCCACUUCCCAACCAGUGCAAUCUAGUUUGACCCCAUCCAUUUCCAAGUCUAAAACUCACUUUACUGCAUCCCAGUCGUCCUUACCUCCUGCCACUCCUGCCCAGCAAGAAACAGUGCAGAGCGCUGCCAAGGAUACUGGUGAUAAUUCUGAUCAGCACAGCACUCAACAACCAGACCCAUCCACUAUGACCCCUCAGGAACAGCAGCAGUAUUGGUACCAGCAACACUUGCUAAGUCUGCAGCAAAGGGCAAAAGCACAUGCACAGGGCCAGCAGCAACCAAAGGGUUCAGGAGUAGUGAAGGAUGCACCUGAGCAGAGAAUACAGCAAGAGGAGGGGAAAGUGACUGCUCCUAAUCAGCAGUGUGAACCACCUUCACUGAAAGAGCCCCUACCAUCAGCUUCCAAAAAAGAGGAGCUUCCUGUCUUAUCUACUGAGCCUAAGCUGAAGCUUGAACCUCCUGAGGACUCUGAGGAAGAUUUGAGGUUGCAGCAGUUGCAGGUGGCAGCAGCUCAGUGGCAGCAGCAUCCACACCAUCGAGUUGGUUUUCAAUAUCAGAGAAUAAUGCAGAAGCAUGCCCAACUGCAAAAGAUCCUACAGCAGUACCAACAGAUCAUUCAGCAGCCACCGUCCCCACAGACAAUGUCAGUGGAUAUGCAGUUGCAGCAUUAUGAGACACAGCAGAAACAGUUUCAACAACUUUACAAAGAAUGGGAGCGUGAAUUCCAAGGAUGGCAGGAUCAGCUUCAGACCUAUCCUCAUAAAGACCAGCUUCAGGAAUAUGAAAAACAGUGGAAGACAUGGCAGGGACAGAUGAAAGCUACUCAUUCCCAUCUGCAGGAGAAAGUGAACUCGCUUCGAAACAUGAAGAAUCAAUAUACUGGAAAAGUUGCUUUACCACCUCCUUUUGUUCCAUACUCUCAAACUUCUCAAGAAAGCAUGCCUGUUAUGCCUUCAUCUUUGCCUUCAGCCACCCCUUCACAGGCUCCCCCACCUCUGUCUUCUGAUCCUCAGUUGUCUAACUCAUCUGAACUCCCACCAUCUAGUCCUCAGGUUUUCCAGACUUCUAAGACAACCAGGCCAGCUCUGCUUCCUAUCCCUGAAUCUUUUGUAUUUAAAAUAGCUGAUGCAUCUGAAGCUUUACCUUGUCAUUCUGAAAUAUCUUCAUCUGCUGACUCUUCAGACCAAGGAAACACUCAAGUUCAUCUGGGCAAGCAAGCUGCACCAUUUGUUUCUGUCUCAUCUGAACCAGCAUCUGAAGAAUUGAAAAUCUCUUCUACAGUGUCUUCAACCUACGUACCCCCCGCCACUACAAUAUCUACAACCUACGUAACCCCUGCCACUACAGUGUCUUCAACCUACGUACCCCCCGCCACUACAAUAUCUACAACCUACGUAACCCCUGCCACUACAGUGUCUUCAACCUACGUACCCCCCGCCACUACAAUAUCUACAACCUACGUAACCCCUGCCACUACAGUGUCUUCAACCUACGUACCCCCCGCCACUACAAUAUCUACAACCUACGUAACCCCUGCCUCUACAAUAUCUUCAACCUAUAUACCCCCUGCCACCAACAUUCAGGAUAAACCAGUGCGAUCAGGUGGAUUGCUUCCAGACCCACCCAGAGCCACAUAUGUAGAAGGACCAAGAGGUCCUAGGUUUGAUGGACCUCAGGGAAAAGGCUUUGACAGAUUUGAAGGGCCAAAACAGAAAGGGCCUUGUUUUGAAGGCCAGCGCCUGGAAGGGCCAAGGCCAAGAUUUGAAGGUCAAAAUUCAGAUAGACGGUCUACAAGCAAAUGGGGGACUAUUCCCAGGGGGCCAGCAGCACAGUUUUAUAUUUCCCCAAAUACAUCACAGAUGCACAGUUCCCGACCAAGUGGGCCACAGUGGAGGGGGCCCAGACCUCCUUUAGGACAGCAGCAGUCUCAAACAGAAUCCCGAACAGAAAACAGAGAACCUUUUGCUGAUGUGAAUGUCAACCAGCAGUUGGUAAAUAGAACCCAACCUGCUUCAGUUGCCUUUGAUACAGAUACAAAGAAUUCUGGUCCAGUCAAGCCAGCUGAGGACCUGACAAAAGCUCCGCAGGAACCACUCAAAACUGAAGUCAAAGAAGUUAUUCCAGCACCUAAAAAGUGGACUUGGAGUUCUCAUGAUCCUGCACUGCAGUUAGAAGAGACAAAACCAGCUACUCAACCUCCACCCAUUCAGAAUAAAAAAACAGUACCACUUCCCAGUACGCCUGUAACUGUGCAGUCUACUAUUCCUCCAAGAACAGGAGGAACAGCAGCCUUACUUCCAACCCCUGUAACAGGAAAUAAAGACUUGAAAUCUACAGAUAGUAAAUUGCCCGUUUCAGAAAAUAGUCAGAGUAAAGGACUAGCUGGGUCAGAAAAUAACCAGGGUAAAGGGCUGGUUCAACCAGAAGACAAUAAUGGCAAUUUACUAUUAGGCAGAGGCCAGGGGCAGAGCGGACUGGACAACGGCCGAGGCCGGGGGCAAGGCAGACUGGAUCGAGGCCGGGGCUGGGGGCAGGGCAGGCUGGAUGACGGCCGAGGCUGGGGGCAGGGCAGGCUGGAUGACGGCCGAGGCUGGGGGCAGGGCAGGCUGGAUGACGGCCGAGGCUGGGGGCAGGGCAGGCUGGAUGACGGCCGAGGCUGGGGGCAGGGCAGGCUGGAUGACGGCCGAGGCUGGGGGCAGGGCAGGCUGGAUGACGGCCGAGGCUGGGGGCAGGGCAGGCUGGAUGACGGCCGAGGCUGGGGGCAGGGCAGGCUGGAUGACGGCCGAGGCUGGGGGCAGGGCAGGCUGGAUGACGGCCGAGGCUGGGGGCAGGGCAGGCUGGAUGACGGCCGAGGCUGGGGGCAGGGCAGGCUGGAUGACGGCCGAGGCUGGGGGCAGGGCAGGCUGGAUGACGGCCGAGGCUGGGGGCAGGGCAGACUGGAUGAUAGCCAAGACAGGGGGCAGGGCAGAUUGGAAGACUUCCGAGGCAGGGGGCUAACAAACAGAGGUAGAGGGUUACCCAGACAGGCAGCCACCCGAGGCCGGGGGAUGGUACAGAGAGUUAGUAGUUGGGAGGAGCAGCUAGACAGGCGGUCAGAUAGCAGGGAAAACUUGCCAGAUGGGCGCUCAGACAGCUGGGAUAUAGGACCAGUUGGUCAGUCAGGUAGCCGGGAGAGAGUAUUGUCUAGCCAAGAAACAGAAUCAGCUGGCCGGGCAGGCAGCAGGGAUAGGGGGCAGUCAGGAAGCUGGGAGAGGGGUCCUAUCAUGCGGGCUGGAAGCCGGGAGAGAGGUCCUGUCAUGCGGGCUGAAAACUGGGAAAGAGGUCCUGUCAGGCGAGCAGGGAGUCGGGAGAGGGGUCCUGUCAGGCAUGCAGGUAGCCGGGAGAGGGAAAUGGGUAGGCCUGAGACAAGCAGUCUUGAUAAACCAAUCCGUCUAGGAGACAACGCUGAGAAAUUAUCAUUAUAUCAUCGAGAGGAACCAACAAGGGCUCCGUGGAGUCACAAAGAGGAGAGAAUGCAAGAGGAGCCUUCAUUAGAUAGGCGAGAUGCCCGUUCUUUAGAGCGCGAACAAUUAGAUGAUUGGGAAAGAGAUCGAUAUUGGAGAAAGCAUGACACAGAUUUUCGAGAUGAUCCCCUGGAUCCAUAUGAUAGAGAUGAUAGGUUUCUUUCAUUGCCUCCACUAUCCCCUCCUCCUCUACCUCCUUUGUCUUCUGAUUUUGACAGGCGAGAUACUUGGUGGGAUGACUGGGAAAGGCCAAGGGAGAGGGAAUUGGAUAGAGAUCUGGACAGGAUUGGAAGACCCUUGGAUAUUUAUGAUCGAGAAUUAGAUAGAGAAUGGGACAGAGAUUACUUGAGACCUCUGGAUGACAGAGAUACAACAAGUCGUGACCUGGAUAUUCCCCCUCUUCCACCUUUGCCACCACUUCCACCUUUGGACAGAUAUCGUGAGGACCGGUGGAGGGAGGAGAGAGACAGGGAUCUCUACAACAGAGACCUCCGAGAUAGGGGGGAGUUGAGGAUCCGAGAGUAUCCAGAGAGGCGUGAUACAUCAAGGGAGAAGCGAGAGUACCUCCCUGAAAGGACUGAUUGGGAGAGGGAACGGUUGUCUGAUAGGUGGUAUUCAGAUGAAGUAGAGCGACUACGACCUUUGGAGGAUCAGCUUGAUCCACCCCUUCCACCAUCACGUUCAUCUGACAUUCUGGGAGAAGAGCCAAACCUAGACCCUGAACAGUCACUUGGAGGAGUAAUGGUCCUUAGUCAAAGGCAGCAUGAAAUAAUCUUGAAGGCUGCCCAGGAGCUGAAAAUGCUUCGGGAACAAAAAGAACAGAUGCAGAAGUUGAAAGAGUUUGUACCUGAUACCCAGCUGCCUGAACUGGCAUCACAAGAAACUUCUAGAUCACAAAGCACCACUACAAGGCCACGUGCUUUUCAGGCGUCUUCUCAGCUGUCAUCUGAGACACCAAUAGAAUCUCAACCCAUCAAAUCUUCUCCUGCUGUUAUUAUAAAGCCACCAGUAUUGUUCAGGCAGCCCACCCCGGUAACGAGGCCAGGUGCCCCGGUGACAAAACCAGGUGCCCCAGUGACGAGGCCAGUUGCGCCGAUUCCUGUGACAACUGCAACCCCAAGUCAGACUCCAGCUAUAAAGCCAACAUCUGGUGCUGUGAAGCAAGAACGUUGGGAUGAGGAUUCUUUUCAUGGACUCUGGGAUAGCAGUGAAGCUAAAGGAGCAAAUUUGGAGUAUGCAUUUUGUAAAACAGAGUCAGGGCUGCCACCCACAAUGUCAUCUUCUGUGAACAUACCUCCUUCGGUUCAUACUUCCAUUUCAUCGUCUGUACCUGCAUCGAUUUCUAAGCCACCUCUAAUUCAACAGACUGUGGAUUAUGGCCAUGGACGGGAUAUAACUACCAGUAAAGUUGAACAAAUCCCCUAUGGGGAGAGAAUAACUCUGCGUCCAGAACCUCUUCCUGAGAGACAGCCAUUUCCAAAAGAACAUCCAGGCCAGCGAGAUCGUUACAGUAGAGAGAGGGAUCGUGAGUCUUACUUUGAGCGUCAAAGCAAUACAAACACAGAUUACCGAGAUUUUAAAAGGGAGCGGGAACCACACAGAGACCGAGGCUCAGGUGACUAUGAUCGAGAGAGAUUUGAGAAAGAACGCCAUCUUCGAGAGGACAGGGCACCUCCAACUGGACCUUCAAGGACUCAGUCUUACCGUGACAAAAAAGAUCAUCCCUCUUCAAGGCGAGGGGGCUUUGAAAGACCAUCAUACGAACGAAAGCCUGAUCGCCCAACUUAUGAUCAUGGACCUUCCAUGUUUGGAGGUGAUAGGAGAAAUUACCCUGAGGAGAGGAUGCCUAUUUCUGCUCCAUCAGUACCCCGCCAGCCACCACCUGCUCCCCGGGUGGAGAGGAAACCAGAGUCUAAGAAUGUGGAUGAUAUCUUGAAGCCACCAGGACGGGACAGCAGGCCAGAAAGAAUUGUCAUCAUAAUGAGAGGAUUACCUGGCAGUGGAAAGACACAUGUAGCAAAGCUCAUCCGGGACAAAGAAGUUGAGUGUGGAGGGCCUGCACCCAGAGUUCUCAGCCUAGAUGACUAUUUCAUCACUGAAGUGGAGAAAGAGGAGAGAGACCCAGAUACAGGGAAAAAAGUGAAAAAGAAGGUGAUGGAGUAUGAAUAUGAAGCUGACAUGGAAGAGACCUACCGCACCAGUAUGUUUAAGACUUUCAAAAAGACCUUGGAUGAUGGCUUCUUCCCUUUCAUUAUCCUGGAUGCCAUCAAUGACAGGGUGCGGCAUUUUGAGCAGUUUUGGAGUGCAGCAAAAACCAAGGGUUUUGAGGUAUAUUUAGCUGAGAUGAGUGCCGAUAACCAGACUUGUUCCAAGAGGAAUAUCCAUGGCCGCAAGCUAAAAGAAAUCAAUAGGAUGUCUGAUCACUGGGAGACUGCACCACGUCACAUGAUGCGCUUGGACAUUCGUUCUCUGUUACAGGAUGCUGCUAUAGAAGAGGUGGAAAUGGAGGAUUUUGAUGCUAAUAUUGAAGAUCAGAAAGAGGAAUCCAAGAAAGAUACAGCAGAGGAAGAAGAAAGCGAACUGGGUUACAUUCCGAAAAGCAAAUGGGAGAUGGACACUUCUGAGGCAAAGCUAGACAAGUUGGAUGGCCUGCGGACAGGCACAAAGAGGAAACGUGACUGGGAAGCAAUUGCCAGCAGAAUGGAGGAUUAUCUUCAGCUUCCAGAUGACUAUGAUACACGAGCUUCGGAACCGGGCAAGAAGAGGGUGAGGUGGGCAGACCUAGAAGAAAAGAAAGAUGCAGAUAGGAAAAGGGCCAUUGGUUUUGUGGUUGGACAAACUGAUUGGGAAAAGAUCACAGAUGAAAGCGGUCAUCUUGCUGAGAGAGCCCUCAACCGCACCAAAUAUAUUUGAGACAAUUAUUAUAUGGAAUUUUUGUACCUUUAAGGCCAUUUACUUUGAGGAGAACUAAACCCGUCGUGGCAUGAGUAUCCUACGUGGAUCACGUCACUCCCCCAUCUUCAUAGAUUUUUGUUUUGUUUUGUUGUUUUUAGUUUCUGAAAGUUCCUUGAAAUAUUUGCAGGUGAUAACCAGUGUCCUCAAAAGACAUAAAAUCCUGCUGCACCUAAGCGAGAGAGUUUUCAUUUUAGUAUUUUUUUUGAGGGGAGAGGGAGGGUCAGUAGUUUUAGCUGCUAUGCGUGGGGUAGGGUGGAAAAAAUAGGCAGAGAAUGUUUCCUCCACUGUACUGUAACAGAAUGUCUGUAUCACCUUUGCUUUGUGGCCGUUCUCGUUUUAUACUGUACGUACCUUGUAGCUUAUUAUACUAGGAAACAGAACAAUAAACUUUCACUAUAAACCCA